AUGGGGAAAGUCUUCUACAUUAGCAGGCGAACUGGGAUUGUUGUGAUAGUAGCUGCAGCAGCGGUCAUUAUCAUCGCUCUGACAGUGGUCUACGCUCAGAAGUCCAGAAAUGAAGUGAAACCUGUAAAUGACACUGAAGUGUGGAAAAACUACAGGUUACCAACUUCUCUGGCUCCAGUGUAUUACAACGUGACCCUCUGGCCUCGACUUGUUAUGGACGCCAAUGGCAUGUAUAUUUUCACUGGACAUUCAGGAGCUGCCUUCACGUGCGUAAAUGAAACAGAUCUGAUCCUCAUUCAUUCCAACAAACUGAACUUUACUUUGACACGGGGUGGACACCAUGCAAUGCUGCGCGGGCUGAGUGGUGCUAAAGCUCCAGCCAUUAAGAAAACUUGGCUUGAAGUGGAAACCCAGUAUUUGGUGGUUCAGCUGAGCGAAAAGCUGCAGGUUGGAAGCACCUACUGGCUCUACACAGAAUUCCGAGGAGAGCUGGCUGACGACCUUCAUGGAUUUUACAGAAGUGAAUAUGUUGAGGAUGGAGUGAAGAAAGUGGUUGCCACAACUCAGAUGGAGCCCACUGAUGCCAGGAAAGCCUUCCCAUGCUUUGAUGAGCCGGCAAUGAAGGCCGUUUUCCACAUGACUCUCAUUCAUCCACUCGACACUGUGGCUCUAGCUAAUGGCAUGGAAACUGGCACAAAAACGACCACCUUGAACAAUCAACAGGUUUUACAGACGCAGUUUGAACCCACCGAAAAGAUGUCAACGUAUCUGUUAGCUUUUGUCGUCAGUGACUUUAUUUCCAUUAAAACUCCAGCAGAGGCCAAGGUUCUGAUUCGGAUCUAUGCCCGUAGAAAAGCCAUUGAAGCUGGACAGGGGGAAUAUGCCUUGAACAUCACUGGCCGCAUCCUAGAUUUCUUUCAGAACUACUAUAACUCAAAAUACCCACUGAGAAAAUCAGAUCAGAUCGCACUACCUGAUUUCAGUGCUGGAGCCAUGGAGAACUGGGGUCUGAUUACUUAUAGAGAAGCAGCUCUUCUGUAUGAUCCCAGCAUGUCCUCCAAUGGAGAUAAAGAGGCGGUGUCGACUGUGAUUUCUCACGAGCUUGCACACAUGUGGUUUGGAAAUCUUGUGACCAUGAAAUGGUGGAACGAUCUGUGGCUAAACGAAGGUUUUGCUACCUACGUCUCUUAUCUUGGGGUUAAUGAUGCUCAACCCACCUGGAAUAUGAAAGAUCUGAUGGUUCUGGAAGAGGUUCAUAAAGCAUUCGCAGUGGACGCUCUGCCAUAUUCUCACCCACUGUCUUCACGGGAAGAGGAGGUCAAUACACCUACACAAAUCAAUGCGCUCUUUAACUCCAUUACCUACAGCAAGGGGGCCGCCGUGUUAAGAAUGCUUUCAGGGUUCUUAUCUGAGCCAGUUUUUGUCUCAGGACUCAGUGCCUAUUUGAAGCAGUUUCCAUACGGCAACACAGUGUACAGUGACUUAUGGGGAAAACUCCAGGAAGUGGUCGACUCUGAUCCAGCAGUGAAACUUCCAGCCUCAGUGACUGAAAUCAUGAAUCGCUGGAUUCUCCAGAUGGGCUACCCAGUGGUCACCAUAGACACCCAAACAGGACGCAUAAGCCAGAAACACUUCCUGCUGGAUUCAGAAUCAGAGCCGGACAGACCAUCUGUAUACAAUUAUCAGUGGUUUGUGCCUAUUAAAUGGAUGAAGAGUGGCACUGCCAUGGGCCAGCACUGGCUGCUUGAGAAAACAGCCACUCAUGAGCCAAUGAGGACAAACAGUGAAUGGGUGCUGGCCAACGUGAAUGUGUCAGGAUUUUACAGGGUUAACUACGACUCCCAAAACUGGCAGCGUCUUAUCUCACAGUUAACUUCAGAUCAUUCGGUCAUACCUGUAAUCAACAGGGCUCAGAUUGUGGAUGAUGUGUUCAACCUAGCAAGGGCCAAGAUUAUCAACAUAACUGUGGCUCUGAGCGCCACCAGGUAUCUUUCUGAGGAGAGGGAGUACAUGCCGUGGGGGUCCACCAUCAAAAACCUUGAUUACUUCUUUCAGAUGUUUCAUCGAACUGAAGUCUACGGAGCAAUGGAGGAGUACCUGAGGGGUAAAGUUCAACCUCUGUUUAAUUACUUCAAGACCAUCACUGCAGACUGGACUGAGAUUCCGUCAAGUCACACUGACCAAUACAACCAGGUCAAUGCGAUCUCAUUUGGAUGCAGAACUGGAGUGGAAGGAUGUGUUAAUCUCACCAAAACGUGGUACCGCCAGUGGAUGGAGAAUCCAGAUAAAAACCCAAUUCACCCCAACCUGAAGAUGCCUGUGUACUGCAAUGCCAUCGCUGCUGGUGGUGUGGAGGAGUGGGAGUUUGGCUGGAAGAUGUACAAGAACAGCAGCAGUGCUACUGAAGCAGACAAACUUAUGUAUGCUUUGUCAUGCACCAAAACGCCCUGGCUUCUGAAAAGGUACCUGGAUUAUGCAUUUGAUCCAGACCUGAUACGGAAGCAGGACGCCCCUUUCGUCAUUGUGUAUAUUGCUAACAAUGUAGUCGGACAGUCAUUAGCCUGGGACUUCAUCAGGGAACAUGUUUUUGAAUAUGGAGGCAGCUCUCCCUUAUUUGGAAGACUUAUUCUUAGUGUAACCAACAGGUUCUCCACCGAAUUGGAACUGAACCAGUUACAGCAGUUCAAAAAAGAAACCGCCGCUGCUGGCUUUGGGUCAGUGCUGGGGCUGGAUCAGGCCAUAGAGACGACCAAAGCAAACAUGAAAUGGGUGGCUGAAAAUAAAGAGCAAGUGAUGAGGUGGCUAUCUGAAGAACUGGCCUGACACAGCUUUGGAGAGAAGGAUUUUCUCCCACAUCUGCCAACACUUUCUCCAUUUUCUCCCCAUGUUAUGGGCUCCUGUUCCAGGACUGCAAAGGCCCCUAUACAGCUUCCUCUACAUUCCUCUAUUUGAACUCCCUCUCCGGCAGCACUGUCAAGCAGCUCAGCAUGCUUGGAGGAGAGUGUUAAUGCCUCGGAUUGUCCAGCACAGAGCCGGUUAUUCCUAUAUGCAAACUGUGGGGCAGUUGAGGCAGCUGAAAGUUAAGUUGUUAGUUUUGCACAUUUAAAAGACAAUAAACAGCCAGCCCCCUCUAACCCAGCCCCCCUGAGAUCACAAGAGGAGUAUGCAAGCUAACUUUCUAACAUUGAGUGAUUCUAAAAUAGCUCUGUAAUCCAUAUGUAGUGCACUACGUAAGCCAUUAUAUUAAUUUCUAUGCUCCAAGUAGUGCAAGGUAUAUAAAAUACAGAGUUUAGGGUGAAACACAUGAAACACAACUCUGGUCACCUCAAUUGUAACAACAUCGGCUGUGUUUACAUGCAAAGAUUCUUGCCAAUCCAAUUGAAAACAUACAAAUAAUA